CGUCUUUGUGCCAAAUGAGACGCCGUCCUUAACCACCAAACGCGGAUUGGUGGUCGUAUUAUUUUGGGUUGCCCCACUGUAGCCCUCUUCUGUCCUGUCUGCGUUAUCUUGUUCUCUAUCUCUCCACCAUUUUCUCCCACUACAAGCUUUCCAGAAGCCGCCAAACAGGAAACCAGAAAGCUCCAAUCUUUGAAUCAAGAACCCCAAACCGGAGAGUACUGGUCCCUAGAAUGGCCGUGUCAAAGAAGCAGCAGUCUUAUAUUUCAGUGGCGUCGGAUAUGGCCAACUCCCCUCUUCAAGCUCUGGUGCUCCUCUCUUCCAAGAAGAGGCAAACACCCCCGUUUUCUGCCAAGCUCAGAUUUUUUCUCUACAAUCCGAGGUUUUGGGUUUCUUUGCUGUUUCUGUUUGGUCUCUCUGGGAUGCUGAAGCUGUGGUUUAGUUUUGACACUAUGUUGCCUAUCUCUCCCCUUUACCCGUGUUCGGGUCAUCAAGAAAAGGCAGAUUUCAGUUCUCAGCUGGGAAGCGGUGGGGACGGCAAGAGUGAGUUCUGGAAGCAGCCUGAUGGGUUGGGGUAUAGGCCGUGUUUGGAUUUCAGUGGGCAGUAUAUGAAGGAUAGUGCGGGGGUUUUGAAAGAUAGGAGCAAGUAUUUGAUGGUCGUGGUUUCUGGCGGAAUGAAUCAACAGAGGAAUCAGAUUGUGGAUGCUGUGGUGAUUGCCAGGAUUCUUGGAGCUGCCCUGGUUGUUCCCAUCUUGCAAGUGAAUGUUAUUUGGGGUGAUGAAAGUGAGUUUUCGGAUAUCUUUGACUUGGAUCACUUCAAGAAAGUUCUAGAGAAUGAUGUAAGAGUCUUGUCUUCCCUUCCAUCAACACAUGUGAUGAGCAGAAUCGUGGAAGAGCAACACACUCCCUUUCACGCUUCCCCUGAAUGGAUUCGCACACAUUACGGCAGAAAGCUUAGGAGGGAGGGCGUACUUUUAUUGCGAGGUCUAGAUUCAAGGCUCUCAAAGGAGCUUCCUUCUGAUCUUCAAAAGCUUAGAUGCAAGGUGGCUUUCCAUGCCUUGAGAUUUGCUCCACCUAUCUUGGAAUUGGGUAAUAAGCUGACAGAGAGGAUGAGGAGCAAGGGUCCAUAUCUCGCACUCCAUCUGCGUAUGGAGAAGGACGUAUGGGUAAGGACGGGCUGUCUUCCUGGUUUGAAUGGGAAGUAUGAUGAGAUGAUAUGCAAAGAACGGAAGCUAAGACCCGAGCUUUUAACAUCGCGAUCAAACAUGACCUACCAUGAAAGGAAGCUAGCCGGUUUCUGCCCUUUAAAUGCAUUGGAGGUUACUCGGUUGCUCAAAGCUUUGGGAGCUCCAAAGAGCGUGAUGAUCUAUUGGGCAGGAGGAAUGCCGUUGGGCGGGAAAGAGGCACUAGAGCCGUUGACCAAAGAGUUCCCGCAUUUCUACAAUAAGGAAGACCUUGCACUGCCCGGGGAACUCGAGCCAUUCAAAAAGAGAGCAUCGGUUAUGGCUGGCAUCGACUAUAUUGUUUCGGAGAACAGCGACGUCUUCAUGCCAUCUCAUGGUGGGAACAUGGGCCAUGCCAUCCAGGGACAGAGGGCUUAUGCCGGGCACAAAAAAACCAUCACACCGAACAAACGACAGAUUCUCCCACACUUCAUGAGUAAUGCUUCACUUUCAGAAGCAGCAGAGUUUGACAAGAUUAUACUCGACUUGCACCGUGAUUCGUUCGGUCGUCCUGAACUCAGGAAACCUGGUAGGGACAUCACAAAAUAUCCUGUUCCAGACUGCAUGUGCAAAAGUCACCCCUCCGUGUAGAAAUCUUGUUCAACUUCAUCCCUUGUCCUCUUCUUGGUAUAGGAUUGCAAAGAAAGAACAACCUGAUUAGUCAUCAGGAGAUGCACCUCCCUCUGGAAUGAAAGUCUAUAAAUGUAAGGUGGUGGUCUUGGGGUGCACUGCUUUUUGGUAUGCAUUUGGAGAUCCGGCAGAGAUAUUUCUUGCAACGACACGCCUGAAAUUGCCACGCCUGAUAUUGCUUCAUUUUUUCGUUAUAUUAUUAUUCUUUGUAUAUUGUAUGUACCCUUCAAUGAGGAAAGUAAGAGAAUAUAUGAUCAUUGUAUAGCAGAUUCAGUACAGAGUACGUAUAAUAUCAUUCAAUUCAUUCUUUAUAGAGUUAAGGGAUGUUCUUCAAUCUUCAUAUGGAG